GUGGUGUUGGAAGCACCCACACAGAAGAUGCAUUAGCGCUUUCGUAAUAUUCCUUUCUCUGAUAUAUACCGUGAUUUGUGAGGUUUAUCUAAUUUUUCAUUUUCCAUAUGAUCUCUGAUAGCUAUAUUCCUGCAAAUUGAAAAUAGUCAAAUUUUGCUUAAUUCAAUGAAUCACGUUGAUUGCCUUUGGUGAGCCAAAACAGCCGGCGUGUUCAUGGUCAGACAUUGGCCAUUCCAAAUCUGAACCCACAAUUUUACAGUUGGAGAAGAUUCUAUUGAUCUGCGAUCAUGUGGAAAGUUCGUGAAAUUGCAGAUAAAGUCACCAACAUGGUGAUGAACUACACGGAGGUGGAGUCCAAAGUGCGCGAGGCGACCAACGACGAGGCCUGGGGACCCACCGGCCCGCAGAUGCAAGAGGUCGCACAGUACACCUUCACCUACGAACAGUUCCCAGAGGCUAUGGGCAUGCUCUGGAAACGCAUGCUGCAGGACAACCGCUCUAACUGGCGCCGCACAUACAAGUCGCUGCUGCUGCUACACUACCUGAUUCGGAACGGCUCAGAGCGUGUGGUCACCUCUGCGCGCGAACACAUCUACGACCUGCGUAGUCUGGAAAACUACACGUUUGUGGACGAGUUCGGCAAGGACCAGGGAAUCAACAUCAGGCACAAGGUGCGAGACCUUAUCGACUUUGUCCAGGACGACGACCGGCUGCGCGAGGAGCGCAAAAAAUCCAAAAAGAACAAGGACAAGUACAUUGGUCUGAGCAACUUUGGCAAAGGCUCCUCCUAUGACUGGGACCAGCCCAACUGGCGCAAGGGCCGCUCAGAGUGGGACAGCAACGGCGACAGCAAGCCCUACUCGGACCAGAGGGAGGCCGACAGCAACAGUCUGGGAGAGCCGGAUGACUCGGACUCGGAGGUGCGCGCUCGCCAGUUCACCGACUCGUCGCCGGCGGCUUCCAAAUCGCGGCGCGACAAACCGCUCUCCACGGGCCGGCCGGCCGCCGCCGCCUCAGCCGCAGUCAAGGCCGACUCUACCAAGAAACCCGAGCUGGUGGAUGACCUAUUCGGAGGCGACGACGACUUCAAUCCCCGCGCCGGUGACCCGCCGGCCGCCGCCACCGGCUCAGACUUCUCGCAGUUCGCCGCCGCUCCGCCACCUGCCGCCGGUUCGGGCACGGACGGGUUCGCCGACUUUGCCAGCGCGUUCGGCGGCGGCGGCGGCGGGGGCGGCAGCGCGCCGGCGCCCGUGCCGCCGCCGCUGGGGCGACCACCGGGCACGGCGCCCACCGCUCUCACCCCGCCCGGAGGAGGCGGCGGCCACGACCUGCUCGGAGGCAUGACGCCCCCGCUCUCUGCACCUGCCGCACCCGCCCCGGCCGCCGCCGCCGCCGCACCGCCGCCGGCCGCCCAGGACAACUCCAGUCUGCUGAUGGGUCUGAGUCUGGGCCCGCCGGCGGCCGCCCAGCCCAGCAUGGACCUGUUCGGCGCGCCGCCGCCGCUGGCGCCGGCGCAACAGCCGACCAGUUUGCCAACCAUGGGAGCGGAGGCGGCGGCGGCAGCCUCAGCAGCGGAGCAGCUGCGUCUUCUGCGACAGCGCCUGGCGCCCGGCGGCAGCGGCGGAGGGGCAGUGACUGAGCUGCUGGACUGGCUGCCGGGUCCGGCCUCCCCGCAGCGGCUG